GGCGCACCAAAUCGCUCUGCCGGUUUUCCAGGAAUUUGCAGGACCAUCCUCCCGUGCUUUUUCCUAAAGCAACGUUUUGCAGUCCUGGCUACCCAGCCCUUUCCGAGGUCCGAGGACCCAGAAACCACCCCCAACUCUGGACCUUCAACCGAGAAAGUCCGGAUGGGACAUGCAGCAAGACCGGGGCGCUUCUUCGGAGUCUACCUGCUCUACUGUCAGAACCCUCGGCAUCGGGGCCGUGUUUACGUGGGAUUCACUGUCAAUCCUGCUCGUCGGGUCCGGCAACACAACGCGGGUCGCAAAAAAGGUGGCGCCUGGCGGACCAGCGGGCGAGGACCCUGGGACAUGGUGCUGAUUCUACACGGUUUCCCGUCUGCUGUGGCCGCCCUUCGGUUUGAAUGGGCCUGGCAGCAUCCUCAAGCUUCGCGACGUCUGACUCACGUGGGGCCGCGCCUGCGCAGCGAGGCUUCCUUUACCUUCCACCUGCGCGUGCUGGCGCACAUGCUUCGAGUUCCUCCGUGGGUGCGCCUCCCUCUAACAGUGCGGUGGCUGCGACCUGAUUUCCGCCAUGAACUCUGUCCAGCUCCACCACCACACAUGCCCAUUGCCUUUGGACCGCCACCACCCCAGCCCUUGGUCCCAAAACGACCCGCUGCAAGUGAGGCUGACAGUGAGCGACGGCUGGAUCUAGGUGCCAAGGCCAGCUGCACUCUGUGUGCGCGUAUGCUGCAGGAUGAAGAGGGCCCCUUGUGUUGCCCCCAUCCUGGUUGUCCCCUAAGGGCCCAUAUCAUCUGCUUGGCAGAGGAGUUCCUGCAGGAAGAGCCUGGGCAGCUUCUGCCCCUAGAGGGCCAUUGUCCUAGCUGCAAGAAGUCACUACUUUGGGGAAACCUGGUUGGGCAGUGCCACGACGACACCGAGGAGGAAGAGGAGGAUUUGGAAUUAGAGGAGGAACACUGGACAGACUUGCUGGAGACUUGAUCCUAAGUGUCCCCAACUUUGACCCCUGCACCUUUUCUGCCUCUCAAGUCAAUUGACAGCUUAACUUGGGCACAAUAAAAAGGCCGAGUUAGGGGUACCUUCUGAUGUUUUCUCAGAGAGGGGCCGGAAGGCAAGAAGUGAAGCAGAAGCUUUGGCAUGACCAUGUGGCCUCCCUACCUCCCUCACCUUUCUCAGAGGUAACAGCUACUGUCUUCAUUCACUCCCCAUAGCUUAAUAUUGGGACCAGCAACUUGGGGGAGGAGGGAGCUUGUCUCAUCUUACACUUCCAGGUAACAGCCCUUCAGUGAAGGAGCUUUGGGUGGACACUCAAGGCAGGAACCGGGAGCAGAAACCAUGCAGGGGUUGCUUAUUGGCUCCAUCUCUCUGGCUGGUGUGCCAGUAAACGCUUACAUAACCCAGAACCACCUGCCUAGGGGUGGCGCUGUCCAGUGGGCUGGGCCUUCUCACAUCAAUCAACACUAAAGACAGUGCCCCCAGAGACACGCCCACAGGCCGCCUGGCCGAGACAGCCCGGGAUUGAGGAUCCCUCUGAUAAGGCUGGGCUGUGUAAAGUUGACAACGGAAACUAAAUAGGAGACUAAUUAAAGGCUCAGAGAGUAGCACCUGUGACUUGGAGUUGGGAGCACAAAGGUCCUUGUGUUCACACAUCAGCACCAGGGGAAAACAGGAAUGUUAAAACAGGUUGUCUUUUCCAGGAAAAAGAUGUAUAAUCUGCCGGCCUCCGAGGCCGGAGCGGGCUAACAGCCUAGAUAACCCCUGUGCUAUUUACAGGGCUUUGACUCCAAAAAGCUCCCACAACCAGGGCCAGGUGACCUCUGUGCCAUCUGUAUGACUGAGACUACACUAGAUCCUUCCCUAGGUCUUUAACACACGUAGCCUACCCACCUUCACGGAGGAAGUAACUCUUCUGAGAAGAGUUCAGCUGUAAUUGUGCCUCCUUGUGCGCACGGGAUUUGGUACAACAGGAAACUUUCCCAAAUUGCUCUGCACUUACGUGGGUGAGGCCUAAACUAAACCACCUGGUCUCAGACUCCAGAAGUUUGAACCACAGCCA